AUGACUGACGUCCCACCAACCGAGUCCAUUCCCAAACCAGAGGAACCUAAAGAACCACAACAGUCUCCUCAGCAACCUCAGUUCCAGCAAGUACCUCCGAAUUACUACCAAUUUCCACCUCAAGGUUACUACCCACCACAAGGCUUCCCGAACUACCCUCCUCAGCCUAUGCCUUACUUCCCAAACCCUUGGUUGUUCCAGCAAGCUCCACCCCAGCAAUUCCAAUUCCAAUCUCAGUCCAAGAGAGACCAAGACUUCGAAGAAGGUCUGAACCGCUUACGCAAAGAGUAUGCUACAGCUCCAAUUGAGAGAAAGUUGUUCCCGGACCAAAAAAUAUAA